GAGCUCACAGAAAAGGGUUGGAUACAGCCUAGUACCUCCCUCUUCGGCUCUCUAGUCCUAUUUGUCUCAAAAAAGGAGGGGACUUUGAGGAUGUGCAUUGAUUAUAGAGGCCUCGAUGCCAUCACUGUGAAGAACGCAAAGCCUCUACCGCGCAUCGACGACCUUCUCGAUAAGGGCAGCGGGGUGCUAGCGGCCAUAGCCGGGCUGCAGGGCGCAGCAGCUAGAGGCGACGGUGGUCUUCAGGAGGAGGCGCAUGUGUGGGUGGACAAGGGUGAUGAGGGGAGUCGAGACCGUGGUGGUUGUGGAGAUGGUGGCUACGAUGGGGAUGAUGACAAGAAAGGGAAAGGUUGCAGGAAGGAUGAUGGAAAGAAAGAGGGAGACAAGUCGGAGGGUGGAGAACGAAGGGAGAAGAUGAAGGUUAAGGUCCCUUGGACAUAUACUAGGAAGAGGGAGGAGAGCAUUUUUCAUUUGAAGGCGGCGAUGGACACAUACCUGUACUCGCAGUUGAUUCCGUAUUGGGAUCGCGUACUCAUGGCAAGUUCGUGCCUAGGAGGAGAUGCAGCAAGCUUCGCCAUUUCGCUAGUGAAGGAGGACGGAUGCACCUUGAUGGUGCAAUACUUGCAACGAACUAGGAUAAAGGACUUCUUCAAGGCUUUGAAAAACCGGUUCAAGGACAAGAACCUAGCUCGCCACGCAGAGCACCUCAUUAGUAACCGCAAGUGGAAGAGUGCGCGGACACUCAAGGCCACUAUGGACGAGCUGAUGCAAUGUUCGCGCCCUCCCCGCUCAGAUUCUUAACAACUUCGCUAGAGCGUUGUCGGAACCUC